CGAUGCAGCCAAGAGUAUCUGCAACGCCCUCGAAUGUGCUCACGUAUUCUAAUGCAGACCCUGGGGCUUGGCUGGCAAGCCGUAACGAACAUUCACUACCCCUCACCCAUGAUACGAAUCGAUGAGUACCGCAACACAAAAUGCUCGUCGCAAUAUCCCUCGUUAGCUUGCCGCUUUGCAAUUUUCUCUUCCCAAAUCUCAUUACCAUCGCAGAACUUGAUCCUCCGCGAUGGCGGAUAAUAUCCUGGCCUCAGUCCGCUACAUUGUCAAAGACCCCACCACUCCCCCCGACGAAAAAGGCUACAUCCUCCACUAUGCCGCGCCCCCAGGCUUCCCACAGAACAACUUCAAAAUCGAGCCCUACAAAAACAUAAAAAUGCACGACCUGCGCAGAUCUCCCCUCAGCUACUCGGAAAACGGGAUGAGGAUUGCCAAUAUCAACAGCGAAGGCAUGAACCCAGAAUUAUUCGACGACGACGCGUGGAUAGAAAGCGUGUACCUGCCAGAACUACACCGUAGCUUGUGCAAAGCGCUGGGCGCGAAGGAUAUUACGAUUUUCGACUGGAUGCUGAGGAAGAGGGCGGUGAGCUUUCCGCAGAGGAACAAAGGGGAGGAGAAUGAGGAUCAGGCGCAGCCGAGUUUGAGCGCGCACAUCGACUACACCACGGGAGAGUUGGAUGGCCGUUUAGAGCAGUAUUUUGGCGGGGACAAGGAGAAGGUGAAGAAGUCGCGGUAUCAAGUCAUCAACAUCUGGAAACCCCUCACGGGCCCCUGUCGCGACUUUCCCAUGGCCUAUCUCGAUCCUCGCUCCGUCGAUCGCGAGAAAGAUCUCUAUGUGGUCGACGAGGUCUUUCCAACCGUCGCCAACGAGGUCUUCCAGGUCCACUACAACCCAGACCACAAGUGGUACUGGGUGCCAGACCAGCUGGACUGUGAGAUUGCAAUAUUCCAGGCAUAUGAUUCGGAGAAGGGCCAGGAGCUUGCUGUACCGCACUGUUCGUUUGAUCUGGGUGCGCGCGGCUCGGGGAUUCCGAGGCAGAGUAUUGAGGUUCGGGCGUUUGUGUUUUAUUAAUGUAUCUAGAGAUCACUGUCUCUGGUUUCGAGCGCCUAGCCGCCCAUGAAGUUCCAUAUGUUACUCGAAUUUAUGUGCCACGCCUUCA